AUGGACAAUAGCGGCAAAGCUGUAAGUGACGCGACCUCCGAUGCACAAAAAGGAAUCAAUACUCUAGGAACUCGAAUAGCAAACAUUGCAAACAACGUCGAAUCGACUAAAUCAUCAGCAGUUGAUAACAACAAGAUCGAGGAAAGUCGAGAUGAACGAACAGAUCCAACUGAUGGCCCUUCGCUUAAAAUACAAAAAUUAAAUAACGAUGUAAAUACCAAUCAGGAGCAAAAAUCCACGAUAUCUACAACAGCAUUGACGAAUUCACCUUCAGAUACCGCAGGUGAAACGAUUAAGUCCGAUGCUACGGAACAGCCUGUCAAAUUUACUCCAAAACCCAGUGUUACAAAACUAUCUGAUAUUUUUAAAACAAGGAGACUAAAAAGGCAGUUCACGCCCAAGUCUCAAGAAUCCGUAGCAAAGGAUUCGCCCACUGUAGCUCUACCCGAAGAAAUUAGUUCAAAUGGAAAUCAACUGCUAUCUACGUCGACUACAGCUGCAAUUGAAAAGCCAGCUAAAGCGAUUGAAGAAGUAAUAAAUAAAGUGCCCAAAGAGCCAUCUGAUAAAGCAGUAGCAUCCACACCUACUCCGAUAAAUGAACCAAUCGAAAAACCAGCUGUCACAGAAGUAAAUAACGAAGUGGUCGAGGAACUUAGCAAAGGUACUAUACCGUCCACUGGUGCUCUAGUAGUUCCGGGUACCAAAGAAUCAGUUGAUCCUAUUAAAGACGUAACAGGAUUGACUCAAGAAAAUAAAAAAAAUCUAGUUAUACCCCGAAAAGUUUAUGAUAAAUCUCCCACCAAACAGUCAAAUGUGUUUCUUCCCAGAAGAGUCAUUACGUUGAAAGCCCUUUUCCGUGAUAAAAAAGCACGUCUAGAUCCUACUAAGGAAGAACUAACAGUCAACUUGCCAAAUAUACAGCAAGUAAAAGCGCCAGCUACACCAUCAAAGUCGAUCCAAACAGCAUCACUAACCCUAGAACAGUCAUCGACGAGAGUCACAAGAAAUGAAACAAGUCAAUCUCCAUCUUCAGGUCAAUCACACCAAAGAGAGUCUUCGGGCGGUACAGUAUCAUCAUCGUAUAAAGGAGAAACCGGUAGGGUAGGAUCGCCGAAAUGUGCUCCAACCCAUAUCAACGAGUCUUCGCAAAGCAAGCCAAAUGCUGCCUCUCUACCUACUUUGCCUAUUCAACAUAUAGCAGCAGAGUCUCCAACGCGUGGGGCUUCUAAACCCACUGAGCACCAUAGUAAAAGGAAUGCCUUAAGCAUGGCGACGCAAGAGAAAGCUAUUGCUUUACAAAAGGAACAUGACGAGUGGGAAAAGAAAAAUAUGGGAUUAAAAGCAUACUUGGACACCAUUGCAACUCGUAAGAACGCUUCCAGUGCUAUUAUUAACACAGGAUCAGCUUCUCAAUCAUCAACAACAUCGCACUACUCAGGAUCAAGAGAAAGGGAUAUUACCUCGGAAUAUAAUACUGAUAUCAAUACAAGAUAUAGACAAAAAAGAGACCGCAAAGAGAGUAGAGAAAAUGUUACAUCUGCACUGAAGGAGAAAUAUUGGCCAAGUCCUUAUUCUCCUAUAAGGCGUAGACGUUCCUCAGCCAGUAAUACAUCCCAAUCGGAUCCUUCUGUUACAUCCAAAAAUACCCGAAGUAUCAGAGGAAAGUCUAGUACGUUAUUGAAAGAAACAUUCGAUCCUCCCGAAUCACAUUCAUCUGAACAACAGAAGCAAAAUUUCGAUACUGUAGAUAAUAUCAAUGUACCGAAACCUGCCGAAGUUAAGCAACAGACUCAAAAGCAGAGUCUGAACACAAAAAAUGAAAAAACUAAGAAAAUCACAUGUACAAAUGGACCGGCUGGUCCAGCUGGCGAAAAGAGUGAUAUUGAUAAAGCUUUAACAAAAUCAGACAUGAAGAGGAAAAUGAAGAAGGUUGAUGAAGUUACUACAAAUGCAGUGGCUGAGAAAAAACAAGAUUCAUCUAUUAAGGAGCCGAUGGCAAAACCUUGUAAAAUUAUCAAGAAGAAAAAUGUAGAAAACCUGAAGGGGAAAGAAAAAAAGGGUAUAAGUUUAGCGAAACAACUAGCACAAUCUGAGAACGCUGUUAAUAAGACCAAGGAAUCCAAAUCUGUGGUGAAUGCGGAUGAAGAGGACGAUAUGGAAAAUCAGAAUUUAUCUUCAUUUGCUAUUAAAUCCAAAGGUAAAAACACUCCGACGACAAGUAGACAACCUACUCCUUUAGUAUCGGUUCGAGAAAAUGAACACUCACAGUUGUUGGCAAUGACAGAUGAACUUAUAAAAUACGAGUUGAAAUUCACCAGUUUACAUGGUAGGAUGCAACAUCUGAAAAGAGAAAAUAGGGAGCUGCAAAAGGUAUAUAAUAUGUUAUGUGAUGAAAUGGAAACUUUACUAUCAUCGUCAACUAAUAAUCAAACUGUCUCUACCGGUCUAUCUAGUGUUGCUAUAACUAUUCCAGAGGCCUCAACAGAAAUUGUUGCCCCAGGGAAGCCUGAGGUUACGGAUGUUUCAGUUCUCGACCAAGACGUUACCACCAGUGAGAAAGAUGAGCAACAUGCCAUAGAAAUUGAUAUCUUGAAGCAAGAAAUCCAUGAAUUAAAGACAUCGAAAGAUAGGGGAAGUGUUAUUUUGAGGUCGGAGCUUGGGUCAUUGGAGAGCUCAAUUCUUGAAAGGCUGAAUGAAUACCAGAAAUUACAAAAGAACGUUCAAGAAGAACAAAAAAUAUUAUCAAAUGUUUCAGCUAUUGAAGACCUUCAUCUAACGCAAGAAAGUCCGUUUGUUCGUGGACUCAAGGAAAAACUCAUAAAAAAACAUAACGAACUAAUAAAUGUUCGUAUGAUGAUGGAGCAACAGAUCGAUAACCUUAAAAUAAGUUUAGCUAGAGAGAAAGAUACUCAGGAGAUACUUAAGGAACAAAUUGAAGAAGGGAAAAAACAAAUAUUUAGUGCAGCGAAUUAUUUUAACAAAGCCAAUGCUCGACUUUCCAAAUAUAGAGAAGAAUCUAAAACCCAACAGGAACAAAUCGAGUAUUAUAAAGCACGCUUGGCUAAUAAUGAAAAAGCAGCGGACAUUUCUGUAGAACUUGAGAACUAUAGGAAACAAAAUAGUGACUUGGCUGCUAAAUUUACAAACCUUUUUAAGGUCUACGAGGCGCUAUAUUCGUCAUUCGAAAUGCAAAAGAAAGAUAUAUUAAUACUGAAGGGUGAAGUAGAAAAAGAGAAAACCCAAUCGCAACAUUUUCAAACAAUUAUUCGUCAACAGGCAAAUGAAUUGGAAGCAAGGAAUCAUGUGAAUAUAACUGCAAGCCCUGAAGAUAUUAAGUGGAAAAAAAGAUAUGAAGAAUUACAGGAGAUUAGAAAAGCAGAUAAAAGAGAAUUUCAGGCACAACUUACAAACGUACACAAGAGUUACUACGCACUGCUAUCUGAUAGAGAGAAAGCUUAUAAAUUUGUAAUCGAUGAUUUAAAAAGGAAAGCAAGCCUACUAGAUUCUCCCUCGAUUUCUGAUGAAGCGAAGGAUUCGGCUGAAAAUCCAGAAACUAAAAAUGAAUUAAACCCGGAGAUGGUGGAAAAUGGCUUAACAUCAACCAUUUAA